AUGGGUAAAGAGAAGUUGACAGUACCUGCGGGAGUCAAGAAAAAGUCCAAUAAGAAAAAUGCCAACAAAACUGAUAUCGACAGCUUGAAAAGCAAAGAGCGGGCAUACGUAGCUGCUUCCAGAAGGACCGAUCGUAAAGACUUCAAGGGUCGAAUGAAGUCUGCCUUAGCGGCUUCAGAUGUACACAAACAGAUAACGGGUAGAGCCUUGCACAUCACAAUGGAUGGUGUGCUUAAGCAGGAACACUACGAAGAGGAAAGUAGCCCAAUGCGGACCUUAACGAAAGCUUCCAACCAUUCCAUGUACGGUGAGUACGGUCAAGGUCAGAGUAAUCUCACCAGGGAAAAACUCAUCCAACAUCUUUGCGAAAAUCCUGAGCUAUUGAACAACCUCGAAGCUGUGAUUACCAGUGCUCGAGUCCGAAUGCAGCAAGGAUUUGGUCAACAAGCAGUUGAGAAUAACCCACAGGGACAGUCCUCGUUUGCGUCAGUCGAUCCCACAAUGGAGAUAGAGAUGUCACUAUUUGCGCAAGCGAAUCAAACUCUCCCACAAAAAUCACCUGGACAAUAUCGUCACCAAUCAAUGUCCGAAGCUGCUGGUCCUCGGGGAUUCUUACCAACGCCAUCGGUGAGCCCAACGAGGAUUAAUGCGCAGGAUGUACCAAUGUCGAUGGGCCGGGAGAUGAGCAAUCAAAGCUAUCAGAGCUAUCAGAGCUAUCAGAGCUAUCAGAGCUCAACGGCAAAUCGUGAGCAAGGUGUACCAAUGCAGAUGAGCCGAGAGUUAAGCAAUGAAAGUCAUCAUAGCCACCGGUCGAAUCCAUCAAUGCAAUGGCCAGAGGCUGGACCCUCGAUCGUUAAACCCAUUCAUUCAUUGAAGGGAAAGGAGCGUGAAGCCCAGCAUCAAGCGCCUUUUAAUCCGCAGGCACUCCAAUAUCAAGCGCCUCAUCGUCAGCCGGCACUCCAACAUCCAGCGCCUCAUUAUCAGCCGGCACCUCAGCAGAUCAACGUUGCUGUCAAUGCAAAUCAAACAGGCACUCAACCUGAAAACAUGGGCCGCAUUGAUACUCCCAGAGCACCUCCAAGUCAGUUUUCUCAGGAGCAUUCACUACAUCUGGCGUCAAUCAAUCAAUCCUCAAUGGCACGACGUCGUGCGCCCCGGUUUACGCCACAACCCGAAGAGGAUGUUAAUUGGAACGAGUUUCUCGUUGAUUUCUAA